UCGUGUUAUAUUGUUGGUUUAGCCUCAACUGCCCAAACAGAUUCAACAAUGGCGAAUCGAGAAUUAGAUCCAUCAUCACUAGGUUACCUAACUCGAAAAGAAACCGAGGUCAAACUCCCCCGUCCAAGGAGGGUGAAGAACAAAACCCCCGCCCCAAUCCAAAUCACCGCCGAACAGAUUCUCCGGGAGGCCAGGGAGCGAGAGGAAGCGGAAAUCCGACCACCGAAACAGAAAAUAACUGACCGGACAGAGCUUGGGCUCCAAAAACGAAAGGAAUUCGAAGAUUUAAUUAGGAGAGUGAGGUGGAAUAAGAAGUAUGCAACAUGGGAGGAGUCGCACAAGGAUUUUAACCGUGCUAGGUCGGUUUGGGAGCGGGCACUUGAUGUGGAUUAUAGGGAUCAUACAAUGUGGUUCAAGUAUCUGGAUGCCCAGAUGAAGAAUAAGUUAUAAUUGUUGACUUGUUUCUGCAUGUUCUUGGUUUGACUUUGUUCUAAAUAAUAAAACAAACAGAUUUUCAACAAGUACAUUGAGAUUGAGCUGCAGCUUGGUAACAUUGAUCGUUGCCGGAAGCUAUAUGAAAAAUAUCUGGAGUGGUCACCUGAAAAUUGCUAUGCGUGGAGCAGGUAU